CGCAACGCACCGGACAGAAGCGCAACUUUACGCAGCGAGACUCCAGAGAGGCCGAUUCCUCCAGAACCACACCGACUCACACAGAAUGAUGCUGCAGCACCCGGGUCCCUCGCUGGCCGACAUCAGCUGCUCCGCCCUGGUCCCCUGCCUCUCGCCGCCCGCCACGCUCACCCUGGACGACUUCACCUCCUUCGGCCCCCUGGUGAAGGAGGAGCUGCGUCUGGCCAUCCAGACCAAGCGCCUGAUCCACGGCCUCCGGGGGGAGACCAGCUCCGACGGGGCCAGCUCCAGCUCCGACCGCGCCUCCGAGGGCCGGGCCGGGGGGGGCGGCGCCAAGAGAGAGGUCACGCCUCAGGAGCUGGAGAGGAGGAAGAGGCGGAGAGAAAGGAACAAGGUCGCCGCCGCCAAGUGCCGCAACAAGAAGAAGGAGAAGACAGAGACUCUGCAGCAGGAGUCAGAGAAGCUGGAGAGCGUCAACACGGAGCUGAAGGCUCAGAUUGAGGAGCUGAAGCAGCAGAAGCAGCAGCUGGUCUACAUGCUCAACCUGCACCGGCCGACCUGCAUCGUCCGAGCCCAGAACGGCCAGACGCCGGAGGACGAGAGGAACCUCUUCCUCCAGCACAUCAAGGAGAGCGCCCUGCAGCUCCACACCAUCACCUCCUCCGCCGCCCCCGCCUACUCCUCCUCGUCCACCGCCGCCACCGCCUACUCCUCGUCCACCUCCUCCGUCUCCACGCUGUCGCCUCUCGACGGAGGACUUCUGACCCUCGACCACUUGCACUGCCCCGGCCACCUAUGAGCCCGGGCUGGAGGAGCCUCAGCACCGCGAGGAGGACGCCACUCUCCUCGCUCUCAAAGACUGUCCACGAAGCUGCUAGAGAG